AAUCCUAAGCUCAGUUGCUGGGAGUUCAACAGACCACAAUCAUUUUUUAUAAUCUCACCCUCUAAAAAUUAUUACUAACAGUAACAAUUACUCCUAAUAAGCAUCCUCUUCCCCUUAUAUAUCACAAAUCCCAUGCACCUCUUACUACCACGCCAACUUCACAAUUAAACUCUCUUAAAUUCUUCUUCUUCUUCUUCUAAGAAAAAGGAAAGGAAAAAAAAAAAAUGGUCUCCCUAGAAACGGUUCAAGCAUCCAUGGAUCAAACUUCUAGUCCUCGAAUUUCUUUCUCUGCAGAAUUUCUUGAUGAAAACAACUUCAUUUCCAUUACUCCAAACCCACAAGACCAAAAAAUGGAAAGAGAAAAGGCAAGAAAUGCAGAAUUUGAGUUUCUCUCAAGCAACAUGAGUAGCCAUACCAUGUUAACUGCAGACGAGCUUUUUUUUGAAGGGAAGUUACUUCCCUUCUGGCAAAUGCAGCAGUCUGAUAAACUCCAUAAAAUCAGUCUCAAGGGUAAAGAGAAUGAGGAGGAGGAAGAAGAAGAAGAAGAAGAAGAAGAGGAGGAGGUGAACAAGGAGGAGCCUAGGAUAAAUUGGUAUCUUGAUGAUGACCCAUCUCCAAGGCCUCCAAAAUGUACUGUUCUCUGGAAAGAACUGCUGAGGUUAAAGAAGCAACGUCCUUAUCUAUCACCAUCAUCAUCUUCCUCCUCAACAUCAUCUUCUUCCAGCUCCCUAGCCGAUAUCGUUACCACAGAAGAAGGGAAGGCUGGCUCUGGAAAGCAAGGGAAAAGGGUGAAGAAAGGAUUGGAGAGAACAAGAUCAACCACUAUUAGGAUAAGGCCAAUGGUAAAUGUGCCUAUUUGCACACACGUGAAGAGCAGUUCCUUGCCACCUUUGUUUCCCCUUAAGAAGGGGAGAUUAGAAAGGUGAUGUGGAGAAUGUGGGUAGCCCAAACUUGUCUCUGUUCUAUAGGAUUGUGUCUAAUAUGUUGAUUUCUCUUAUCAGUUCUUUCAUUUCAUUUCAAUUUCAGACUUUGCCUAUCUGUUUCUAUGUUUA